AUGACGGCAUUCUCCUUUGCUUGUUCAGUCUCUUCAGGCAUCGACUUGGCACUGUUGGACCCAAAGGGUCGUGAACGAGCGGCGGCCGUGAACAACACCUACCCUGGUUGGAGCGGCACGCCAGGCAGUGAGACGCAUCCGUUGCAGAACAGCUUUCUGUUCAACGUGAAGGAGGAGCUCCCGGAAGGCAAAGUCGAUCCCUUCUUUGGCAAGAACAUCUUCCCCAGCGAGGAGUAUCGUCAGACGUGGGUGGAGUUUGCAACUUCUAUGUACGGCGUGGCUGUGGAUGUCCUGCGUGGUUGCGACAAGGUGAUGGAACAGGACGUGCCUUCCUGGUCGGAGUCGCCCCGCAGCCUCGCGAAGAUGGGCGACGAUGGACCGGCGCUUGCCGGCCGAUUCAUCUGCUAUGACUCCGGCUUCACUCGAGAAGAUCGGCUCCUUGAAGUCGCCAAGGAGAGAAACAACUUGGCUACCGGAGAUGUGCCAGACCUGUCGGAGCCUGCCAAAAUGUCCGGUAGGUCUGCGGGGCACGCCGGAGAUGGCCUAGCAUCCAUGCGGACGCACUCCACUCCUGUGAAGUCGGCUGGUCACGCCGGAGAUGGCCUGGCGUCCAUGCGGACCCACUCCACUCCUGUGAAGUCGGCUGGUCACGCCGGAGAUGGCCUAGCAUCCAUGCGGACCCACUCCACUCCUGUGAAGUCUGCUGGACACGCCGGAGAUGGCCUGGCGUCCAUGCGGACCCACUCCACCCCAGUAAAGUCUGCUGGACACGCCGGAGAUGGCCUGGCGUCCAUGCGGACCCACUCCACUCCUGUCAAGUCUGCUGGGCAUGCCGAAGACGGCUUUCCAUCCAUGCGGACCCACUCCACUCCUGUGAAGUCACCUGGGAACAUAUUCGCCUUCAGCGAAAAUAAUUCUGAUGCAUCUUCUAAUUCACCUGUACUGGGGCAGAGCAGAGGCUCUGCCUCACUCGCCAUUGCGAACAGCGCGGCGGCGGCCGGUGGAGAGCAGCCGGGUGAUUACUGGCUCCCCUGGCACGUGGACUCCAAUUUUGUAACCAUUCUCCACAAGGAGAUGUACGCCAGUGAAGCCACCGGCGCUUUCCUCUCAGAGCCGGCAGGGGCCGGGCUGAUGAUGAUGAAUGAGGUCGGGGAGACGACGAUGUUCCAGUGCUCCGACCCCGAUGCGAUGAUUCUCCAGAUGGGUGCGUUCGCACAAAUCUAUACAGGGGGCGCAAUGAGCUCUUGUCGACAUGCUGUACUCAACACUCUGCAGCCGGGGGUCGCCCGUUUCAACUACUGCAAUUUUUGGUACGUGCCGUGGGACACGCUGUGCGAGCCUCCCCCUGGUAUGGAAAGCACAGCCGUCAGCAAGGGCUGGAAUGCCAUGAUGGAUGAAAGCUACCUCAACAUUACGAUGAGGCAGAGCUUCUCCGCGUUCCGACAGUUCAUGGUGUCGCCGGAGGCUCGAAUUCAGUUCGUCAACUCCGAGCGCUUCAAGGAACUGUCGGCGAUCCUCCCCUUGGAGAAGAAGCUGCGUGCGCGGGGUGUCCCGGACAGCAAGCCGGACAUCCAGAUCGACCUCUUGACCGACGUUCGCUGCCCCUUCUCGUUCAUCAGUCAGACGAACUUGCAGGCAGCAGUCCGGAAUUUGGAGAUGCAAGACCAUGUCAACUUGCGCUUCCACGCAAUCUUCCUCAAUCCCAAUGUCUCCAAGGAAGGCGAGAGUUUGGACGACUACCUGUGGCGCGAGUUUGGGUACACCAAGGAGUAUGCCCACUCAGAGAAUUAUCCGCUGCGGCAAGCUGGGCUGAAGGCAGGUAUUGCCCUGAAUCCGAAUCGCCGGGUGGUCAACACCUUCGACGCCCAUUGCCUGAUCGAGGUUGCGCAGGCACAGGGCAAGCAGGAGGCGCUGGAGCAGAUGCUUUCUCGAUGGUAUUUUGAGGAGGCGAAGGACCAGAAAAAGAGGGCCUACAAGAAAUUGGCAGUCACGGGAU